CCGGGUGUAGAAACCACUCUCGCAUGGGGAUAAUUGUAACCUUUCUCCCCUAAAGCUGUUACUUUUUGCCUUAAAGUUCUGUUCUUUUCUCCCCCAAAAUCUCUGUUCCUUUCUCCUCCAAAACCUCCGUUCCUUUCUCCCCCAAAAUCUCCGUUCCUUUUCUCCCCAGAGCUCUGUUCUUUCUGCCCCAAAGUUCUGUUCCUUUCUCCCCUAAAUGUCUGUUCUUUCUCCUUCAAAGCUCUGUUCCUUUCUCCUCCAAAGCUCCGUUCCUUUCUGCCCCAAAGCUCCGUUACUUUUUGCCCCAAAUCUCUGUUCUUUCUCCCCCAAAGCUCUGUUCCUUUCCGCCGGUGCAAGCGCUGCUUGCAGCGCGGUUCCUCGGGUGCGUGUGCGAGGCACUGUGGAUGUACCACGGGAAACGCGACUUCUUUACCGGGACUCUAAACCAGAAAGAAUUAGAGAGCAGAUGUUCUCGCACGUUUUUCUGUUCAACUGGUGCUUGAGCAGUUGUUCCAUGAACUGGGAGCCCAUAAGGGACGGGACUGGGACUGUUCUGGCGCGGUUUCCUCUCCCGAGAGAGAGGAGCCUGCGCGGCUGUUGAAGGCUCAUUGCAUCGCCGGCGCUGUCCUUUCAUCACUGGGGACGCCGAAUCUCCUGUCCUGACUUAUUCAACCCCGGCACUAUAAAUAUGGGUUUGGUGGUGGUUAUUUGUUUGUGGUUUUGGGAGGUUUUUUUGCUGUAUUUUUUUUCCCCUCAAUCUGUUGAGCACCGUGCUGGAAAGAGCUGGCAAUGUAAUAUUUAACAGGAAAAGAACUUGAAAGCUCAGAGCAUUGUGUUACAGUUCACUGAGUGUCCCCAGCACAGAACAAAACUACACUGCUCGCAUUAUUUGGGAACGCACUGAAGCUGCUGACAGCCAACCCAAGAUGACGACAGCCACGCCACUGACCAAUAACACUGAGCUCUCAGUGAAUGUGACCACAAAGUCUCAAGAACAAAUUCUCUACCAAAGUUCUGGAGCAAUAAUUGCUGCCAUCGUGGUGGGGGUGAUUAUUAUUUUCACAGUGGUUCUGCUCAUCUUGAAAACAUACAACAGGCGCAUGCGAGUGCGGCGGGAGCUGGAACCCAAAUCCUCCAAGCUGGCAGUGCCACCUCCUGUGGGGCACAACAGCCACAGCCUGGCACAGCAGCCCUCGGUCACCUUCAUCCCUGUGGACAUCCACCUGCAGAGCAGGUAACCAGGAACACUCAGCCUCCCUGCCAGAGAAGAGAUGGAAUUGUUACCCCGUGGACCUGGGACUCCUCGGAGCUGCUGCUCUCUCUGUACAUUGACAGAAAUCCCGGUUUCUUUCUUUGGGAGGGAAAACCAGAGGUCUGGACACUUUUCCUAUGGCUGAAAUAACAGGUGGAGGUCUAGGAAUCAUCAGGAUGGCAGCAAGGCCUCUUGUGGGUCUGGAUAAACCAAGAGAAGAUGCCCAGGUUUUGUGGAACUUUUGCUUCCUCAGAGACUUUGAACUUUCUCUGUUCUGCUGAUAAGCAGGAGGAAAAGUCUGGAUGUGCCCCAGGCUCAGGUUGGAGUUUGUUACAAGUUACAUGGAAGAGGUUUGUGGUUUAUUUUAUACUUGAUGGGUAGUGCAGGAGCUAUCAAAAUUGUAUUUAUCUUUACUUAUAUUUCAUGUUUCUAAUGCCACGUAUGUACAGGCUGAGGAAAAAGAAGUUACUUUUUAUUUUCACGUAUUUUUUAGCUAUUUCUAUAAACUCUGUAACUCUCCAUUUCCAAAGGAACUCGGUGUCUGAGGGGUUUCACUCUCAGUUCAGGUUCAUGGCUGCAGCUGUGUUAGAUUGCUUUGUCUUACACAAAAUCUGAGCUCUUUAACUGAAAAAAAUAACCACGGAAAUAGAAAAAAAUCAGCUUGGAUAAAGCAAGGGAGGCUCUGUGCAGCCCCAAUGUGCCACUCACCCUGCAAGGCUUUGUUCUCUGGUGCAGCCCAACUAUUUUUAGCAGUUUUUUAUUCUCCAAACCAACCCAAAGCGAGGUUGUUCUGUGAGUGUGAGGGCUGUGGGUGUGCAGCAGAGGCACAAAGGAAUUCCCAGGGACACUCACAGCCCACGGGGUGGGAACACAGAGCAGCAUUGUCAGACACUGACUGGCAGAUUGUCUGAGAUUUUAUAUUUCAUAUUCUUUCCUUGGAUCUCUUGAGCAGGUCAGUUUAACUAAUUGGUAAUUUUUAAUUGUGCAGAAACUAAAUUCAAUUACUUUGCAGUAUUCUUCUUUUGGCUGAAACUGGAGCAUGGUUUGGAUUCCAAAACAAAUAUUGAGACAGCUGUUUGUGAAGUUUCUGAAUCUCUUUGUAAAUAUUCCCCUUGUCCUGGUUCUCUACCUUAUUUUUUGUGGCAGGAAGGAUUUAUUUAAUAAUUCAGAGGGGACAGCAGAUGCACAUCUAAUUUUUUUCAAAAAAAAUACAAAGGAGUUGAUUUUCUCUGAGCAGUUCCAUGGGAUCAAACCAAGACUUUUAGGAAAGAUAAGCCCAUCUUACUGUUGUGGUUUUGAACAUCCCUAGCCAGAUCUACUUGCAGCAAAAUUUGUUUACUCUCCAUUUGCUUCAUUUCAAGCCAAUGAAGUUCACAAGCAGAAUAAGCAGAGCUACUACAAGCAGCUCCAGUUUCCCAGAAUUACUAUUAUUGGCAGCAGAACUGGCUGCUGUGACCACACCAGCACUGCUCCAGCUGAAAAAUUCAAAUACCAGUAAAAUUUGCCUCAGAUUGGCACCUCCUGGGGGGCCCCAGAGCCCCUCCUGGCAGCAAAACCCAGAGCUCAUGCUGAGCAAGCAAAACCACCUUCUCAAGAAGCAAAAAUCCCCGUUCUGUGCCAUUUGAGCUUUCCAGGAACAAUCCCACACUCUCCCUGCCCUGUUAACUGCAGGGCUGAUCCAGCCUGCCCUGAUUUGGCCCCCAGGUUCCACUUCCAAACACACAGAUUUUGGGAAUGUUCCCCUUUAGCUGGCCCUGUCUUGCAAGAAUCAAUGGCUGGUUUUUUCCUCCUAAAAGUUCUCCAGGAUCUUCAGCAGGUCAGAUCCUCCAGCUGGAAUUUCACUGAUCCAGACACUCUAGUAAAAUGUUUAAUUUUUCGCUGCUGGCUAA